AUGUUGUAUACGACGGAGGACAUUGCUCAGCAUAACACGAAAGCAUCAUGUUGGAUCGUAGUGGAUGACAAGGUAUACGACGUGACGGACUUUGUGGGCGAUCAUCCCGGUGGAGAAGACAUUCUACUGCAGUUUGCAGGCACCAACAUUACUUCGGUACUCAAGGAUCCCCAAUUCCAAGUCCACUCGGAUGCAGCUUAUGAUUUACUGCAAGAAUACUGUAUCGGCACCGUCCAUCCUGAUUCUGUCACCAUGAAAAAGGUGGUGGACAAGCCGAUAUACACGAAAUCGAAACAGGACCGCGAAUUCUUGGAUCUUCGUAAACCGCUGUUUCCUCAGUUAUGGAACGCCACUUAUUCCAAAAAGUUUUACCUUGAACAGGUCCACCGGCCACGGUACACACCUUACUAUGUUCCUUACUUCCCGGAUCCUCUGUUGGAUGUCUUAUCGCGUACAUCAUGGUAUAUGGUACCAACCAUCUGGUUACCGUUUGUCGUGUAUCAACUAUACUGCUCGCUGCAUGCCCCGUUUGGCGCAGUAUCCAGCACAUUCACUGCAUUUGCUGGAGGCAUUCUGUUCUGGACCCUGUUCGAAUACGUAAUGCAUCGAUUUUUAUUCCAUCUUGACGAUUUAUUACCGGAUCACCCUAUUGCGUUAUUACUCCAUUUUACUUUGCACGGCAUUCAUCAUCAUAUGCCCAUGGAUAGAAUGCGCUUGGUGAUGCCACCCGCGUUAACCGCCAUCUUGAGUAUUCCCGUCUUCAGAUUAGCCCAUGGGUUAUUUAUUCCCACCAUUGCCUAUGGCGUGGUAGCCGGUGCUUUCUUUGGCUACGUUUGCUACGACAUGGUUCACUAUUACCUUCAUCAUGCGCAGGUGAUCGAGACGCACUUCAAGGAAAUGAAACGAUACCAUCUCGCUCACCACUACAAAGACUACGAAAGUGGAUUUGGCAUCACGUCAAAAAUAUGGGAUUAUAUCUUUGGCACCGUCUUGGUUUAUGACUAG